AUGUCACAACCAAUUUCACAACAACAAAUUUCACAACAACAAAUCUCACAACAAUGUAUGAGAAUUUCUGCGCUCUACAAACCUACCAAUCCUGCAAUGGAAGUUGAUGCUUUUAAACUUACAUUACCAACUCCUUUAACAUCACCCAAUCCAGGUCCAACAAUUCCUCGAGUUCAAUCAUUUCAUGGAUAUCCUUCAACUCCUUCUUCACCUACACCGAUCACACCAAUUCAAUUAGAUGAACAAAGUUCUUAUAUGAAAACUUUAGCUACAUCAGGAACUGUUACACCUCUCUCACUUUCUGAACGUCGCGAGAGAAAUAAAGUAGCAUCAGCAAAAUAUCGCGCAAAAAAACAUAAACAAAAUCAAGAAAUGAGUUCACAAAUUAACGAAUUAAUUGCCGAAAAUAAUGUAUUAACGAGACAAUUAGAAGAAAUGAGAGCCGAAAAUAAUGAAUUAAAAGAUUUAGUUGAUAAACUUAAAAGUAAAUUAGUUGAAGGAAAAAUAUUGAAAAGAUUAGGUCGUGGGGCAAAAUUAACCGCUGCUGUAACCAAUACUAUUGGAACCACUACUGAAGGACUUGCUUCCCUUUCUACAACCGUAAGAAAAGGUACAAGACGAAAUGGUUAUAGCGGCCAUGCAAAAGGAACUGAAGCCACUGCAAAAAAUUCCAGAAAAUAA